AGCUGCAGAAGGAGCAGAACACACUCACUGCAGCUGCAUCACUGACAGCAGGCACACUAUCAGGCUUCACUAUGUUCGCCUUCACCCUGUGGAUUAUAAUGUUGUGGAGCGCCGCGCGCGCGGACGCGAGGAAACCGGACGAGUUCUUCAGCGAGAGCGUUUACCGCGCGAGAUGCGCGUCACGGUGCCUCAGCCUGCACAUCACGCGCAUUUCUGCUGCUUUCAAGCAGUUCCAGAGCAAUGGAUCAUUGGUGUGGUGUCAGAAUCACAAGCAGUGCUCAAAGUGUCUGGAGCCGUGCAGGGCAUCAUGGGACCUGAAGGAGAACCAGUGUCAGGACUUGUGUGAGACUCACUUUCCAAAGAAGCACUAUGAAUGCCUCACGAGCUGCGAGUUCCUGCGCUCCGUGGAGACGCUGAAGCAGGGCGACUGUCCGGCGCCAGAGCGCGCCAGCGGAUUCGCAGCGGCCUGCGUGGAGAGCUGUGAGACGGACGCCGAGUGCAUGACUGUAAAGAAAUGCUGUCCCAAUGGAUGCGGACACACUUGCCAGGUCCCGAAGAACCUCUAUAAAGGAUCUCCUCUGAAGCCGCGAAAGGAGCUGGUGUUUUCGGAGCAGCCGUCGGGACAACUCGAAGUUCGCUGGUCGUCGCGGUUCAACGUCUCCGUAGAACCUGUUCUUUACGUGCUUCAGCGGCGCUGGAACUUCGGCAUCCACCCCAGUGAAGACGACGCCACCCAGUGGCAGGAUGUCGCCCAGAUUGCUGAAGAACGCGUCCUGUUGAGCGACGUCAGGCCGAGCAGGUGGUACCAGUUCCGCGUGGCGGCGGUCAACGUUCACGGCACCCGUGGGUUCACGGCCCCCAGCAAGCACUUCCGCUCGUCCCGAGACCCGUCUCCUCCUCCAACCCCGUCUGCACUGAGAGCCACAAACAUCACGGUGGGUCAGGACGGUCUGCUGACGGUCCGUCUCAACUGGACCCUUCCGGCAGAGUCCGACGUCCCUGUCCACCACUUCAAAGUCUUCUGGAUCUGGAGUGUCCCGGGAAAAUCACUGGUGCCUUCCAGGAGAAAGAGGAGAAAGACCACCGACGGGGCCCAGAGCUCUGUAGAUCUGGAAGGUCUUCUGUCCAACUGCAGCUACACCGUGGAGGUUCAGGCCGUCACAUACUGGGGUCAAGUGCGGCUGAAGAGCGCCAAAGCCUCGAUCCUCCUCGACUACUCAACAGAACAACCAGACGAGUCAGGCAAGGCCGUUUCUAAGGCGAGGAAAGUGGCGGUUCCUGCUCUGGGAUCAGUGUCGGUGAAAAGACCCUCGAGCGCUCUGGAAGUCGGCACACCGUAUUACCAGGACGGACAACUGCAGGUGCGCAUCUACUGGAAGAAGAGAGCAGACGCUCUGGUGAACCGUUAUCAUGUUCAGUGGAUGCCUGAAUACUGCAGCUACAACCAAACCAGAUCGCCGGAGAAAUCCGUAACUCAGGAGAACUACAUCAAUCUUCCCAGCCUGCUCUUCUCCUGUAAGUACAGGGUCACUGUUCACACCCUCAACGCCAAAAGACGCUCCAAAGACGAGAGCACCAGCUUCCUGACGCCGUCCUGCGCCACUCUCAGGAGCAAGAGCGUCAAGCCCAUCACCUGUCCCGGAGACACAGUGCCGUCAAAAGUUUUGGCCAAGCCUGAAAACCUGACAGCGGCCUUCACCUUCCACGACGGCAACGUGACGGCUAAUUUCCUCUGGAGGGUGUCGCGUCCCCAGCCGCAUCAGCCAAUCACAGGUUUCCAGGUCACAUGGGCGGAAGUUUCCACGGAGAGCCGUCAGAACAGCCUUCCCAACAGCAUCAUUUCCCAGUCUCAGAUCCUGCCACCUAAUCAUAACCUCCUGGUCGUGUCCAACCUCCGACCGGCCACGUUUUACAGGUUAGAGGUGCAGGUGAUCACCACGGCAGGAGAAGGACCUGCGACGAAGAAGAUCUUUCAGACGCCCAGCCGGCCACCACUUCAGCAAAAAGCUCGACUUCAUCAGCAGCACCAUCAGAAGUCUUCAGUGGAGAAACACUGAAAUGGUCAGCACACGCGACACAACGUGCAGCUAAUCCGGCUUUCAUCAGACGCGGAUAUUCAGCGUCCGCUCUAAACGCCUCACCUCAAGAUCUCCGGUUUUCAUCGCACAAACACUGAUUGAGAAAUCACCCCAAACUCUUGUGCUGCAGCACCGUUUCAUGUGUGAAUUCACACCCAGAAACCAUUUCAGCAAGUUAAGAUCGACGGCGAUGCAUGUCAAACCUAUUCUGUCAAUAUUUCCCAAACUCGUGUCUUUAUUCAGCUCUUUUCUUCAUAGUCGAGCAUCAAAGUAGAUUGUUGGUGCUGGUGGUUUCGAUGAUGCUUUUGGGAGACGCAGUCUAGCUCAUAACCGCAGACAGGUUUGUGUGAUUAAAUAAUGACUGGAUUUGUAUUUUGGGUUGAACUGUUCCUUUGAAAUCCAUCUUUGAAGCCUUUUAUUAUUAUGUUAGCAAUUUUCCAUUACAGAUUAACAGAGAGUGUUUUGUUUAUUAAUGAAAUGAUUACUUAUGCGUGUUUUUUGAUGAAAUGAUGUAAACUAUAUAUGUUCUCGGCUGUAGAGAUAUUUGUUGUGGCAGUCAGUGAAUGUUGAUGUUGAUAUUUAUUUAUGUGUGUUAUUGCAACGCUUCAUUUGUAUGUAAGUAUGUGUGUGUGUUUUUCCAUGUAUUAGCAAGUCAGUGUUUUAUAAAAUACAACUUGUAAAGACACAAUGUAAAAAAGUGAAUUGUACAUAUAGUCAUGUUCCAUUAUUUCCAUGGAAAGAACCUGUACAUACUUUUAAGUAAAUAAAAUAGUCCCUCUACUC